GGCAAUGGCUGCGUAGGUAUAUAGGACCCUUACAAAGAGAGCCAGAGCACGAGCCUGUGGCGUAUAGGCCUACUGUCCAAUCCGAAAGACCUACAAGGCACGACACCAUGAAGCAAAUAAUAAUCGCGUUGUGCCUCAUUGGAUGCGCCGCUAUCUCUGCUUCGUCUUCCGAGCUGGAGAAGAAUGAGCCAGCAUUGGACGUCGUAAUUGACCAGGAGUCGCGUAGUGUGGGCUUGCAAGCUAUCCAAGUGGGUGAAGUGCUGCGAGCCAUUUCUCAAGGACUGCGGGACACCGUGCAGCCGUCAGAGCAAGCCGAACAUGAGGGUGAAGAGUAUUUCAUUAAGAAGCUCUGGAAGAAGGCAAAGAACGCAGUGAAGAAAGUCGGAAAGGGCAUUGAGAAAGGUGUGAAGGGCGUGGUCACCUCCAAAGCAGCUGACAUCGUGAAGAAGUUCCUUGAGCAGAAGCUCGGCGCAUACGCCUUCGAAGACGACAAGACUUACAAGGAUUUCCGUCAUGACCUGGCUGAAGAGUUGGAGCGUGUAGGUGGUGCCCUAAUUCAAAAGGGAGCACAGCUCUGCACAUGUCGGGGCCGUAGGUUCCUAGACGAAAAUGAGAGGAAAUUCGUUCAGGGAGUCGUCGAAGCCCUUUGAAAAAAACGAACAAUUGUGAUGUGUUCAUCAAAGCAUCGCUGCGCCUGCUUUAUUAAAGAGAGGUGAUAUUUGAACGUUAACUCUCAUUUUUUUACGUUCAAGUGAGCUGCGGACAUUGCAUUCCUGCCAGCUGCAUUUGUAUUCCUAAAUAGCACUGCAUGCCGUCAUUAUGAGCUGUUUGCAGAGCCUGUCCCUGUAAUAAUUUAUGAGCCCUAUUAUGGGACAAUUUAGCCAAUAAAAAUGGUGUUGCGUUACAAAUCUCCAAAAUCCAGAAUAUUUUGUCACCAGUCUUGGAAAAAAAGGCCAUAAUUAUUAUCGUCUGUAUGGAUGUUGCACUAAUCAAGGAAUAUAAAGUUGGCGGUACUCUCGUUAUUUGGAACUCUUUGUGUGCCUAC